AUGGCGCAGAGCUUGCUCGGGACCUCGAGCAGCGUUUCCCGGGCCGGCACCGGUGGUGGCCUAGGAAACAAGAAGUUCAAGAGUCUACCGAAGAUCCCGAAGGCGAAGUUUGAAAUGACCAAGUUCGAGACGGCAGAGUUCAAGCCCUUCGAAGGUGAGCGGCAGGAGCUGGAGCGCCGAAGCGUCACCGACCAUGUGCUGAACUGGGCGCCGGAGGCCGUGAGCUAUGCGCCACACUGCUUGGCCCGUGAAAGCCGUGAGAUGAUCACAGGACAGAACGCCAACGAGAUUAUCAUGAUAGGCUUUUGCUGGUCUUUCAAGUUUUUGAAAGAGUCCGACGUGGGUGUUGCGGGUGUGUUCAAGGGGUUCAGCCAACUCUGCUUGAACACUGAGCUGCAAGUCCACGAAGGUGACCACUAUCUCAGUGUGGAAGAGCGGCAGAAGGAUCUCAGGGGCCGUCUGGGCACAAAGGAACAUUUGCAAUUGUUGGAAAGCCUUUAUGAUAGAAUUUGUGCCGCCAUUCCUGGUGCUCUGACUUUGGCAGGAGCCAUUGCGGCCUAUGCUGGAGUGAAGUCCGACUCUUUGCCUUUCAGAAGCUCAGGUUAUUUCGUUGAGAACAAAUCCGUGCAAACAGGGAGCGCACACCGGAAGGUGGCCCAGCUCUUCAUGAAUAGGGCGACAUCCCGCCAACGGCCAAUCGGUGUGGAAGGAGACAAACAGGACGCUGUGAAGAGAGGUGAUGCACAGAUCCUCUCAUCCAUCGGGACGCUGAAUCGCAACAUUCUCUCGGAGAUGAAAGGGUUCUUCGACCACUAUGUCUCUGAGAUCUUCACCCGCCUCACCCACAUAGAGGAUAAGUCCUCUCAUGAGUCGAGCCAGCUGAAACAGGCGCUGGACACCUAUGCGAAGGCAGAGAUCGGUGCAGUGAACUCCAACGGAAAGCAGAUCAUCAGUGCCAUGAAUAAGCAACACACCGCGAUGAACAAGAACCUUGGGACGGCUGCCAAGCAGAUCUUUGACUUGACCCACGAAGAGCACAAGGUUCUUGCAGAAAAGAUUGAUGGUGUAAACACGAACAUAGCCGCCACAUCGGAUGCCAUCGACAAUCUGGAGCAGUCCACACAGCGUCGAUUCAGCGAUGCCUUUGACGAGUUUGCCGACGCCCUCACGGAAAGUAAUCUUCUGGACGUGGAUCUGCAUCGAUCAGCACGUUCGGCUAUCGACCAUUUCGAUAAGUGGCACCAGGACUCUAUGCACCGAGUCGGCCGCGGAAACCUGCAGCAGAUUGAGCAGGCAAUGCGUGCGCUACAUGGGCGCAUGGAAUCGACACACAAGCAGGCUCUGGCGGGCAACCAGACUUUGGUGCAGAAGCGUGAGGUUUUCGCUUCCUUGCAGAAAGAUGCGAACUCCACGCUGCACCAGCUCUUCCAGAUGCAGGGAGCUUCCGACGAGAGCGCCCCAGCAGUGGUGGACCAGGAGAUCAAGAAGCUCUUGAAAGCAGCUCAUACCUCGAUCCGAAGUCACCACCUGACUGCUGAGCGCAUGGGCCGGCGGAUGCAAACGAUGCAGCGAUCAGACUACAACCACUCAUCAUCGCCGGCGAGGCUGGCGACGGACCUCCACAUUGAAGCGCAGUUGGUGGAGUUCGACAAGAUCAUGCCCUUCCAAGAACGUGUACACCCGAAUUUGAAGCUCGACUGCCUGGAGGAGAUUCCAGAUGAGGCAGGAUAUAAGACGAAGUGCUCUUGCUCCGACACGGUGCACGUUUUGCUCUACAGCUCCAGCAACCUGGGAUUUGGAGCCAAGCUUUCCGUUCCGGCUGCACGUUUGAAUGUCAUGGCGGCGCGUAUUAUUGUGUUUAUCGAAGCAGCUUGGGGGCUCAGCUUGCCGACCCUGCUGUGCCUCAGCACUUCAGUGCUGCUUGGGCUGGCAGUGGAGGACACGCAGCUAAUGGCAGCGGCCUGGGCACGUGACUGGGAUGUGCAAUGGGAGCUUAGGUCGCUGGCGCGACACUGGGAGCAGCCUUUGCUGAGCGUGCGAACUUGGCUCUGGAGGAUUUACAUAGACUUUCGGGCUCUGUGCCUGGAGGCAUAUCGCACCAGCACCGCCAGCUGGGUGCUGGUCAAGGGGGCGGCGCACCUGCUGCAGACCGGUUCACUCAUCUUGUUCUUGCUUCUGGGCCCAGGCACAAGCCCGGUUAUCAUCGAAGCCACCACGACUUUGCCCAAGGAGGCGUUUGCUUGA